AAGAACGCAAAAAUGAGAAAGACUCAAAGUCCUUUCAUUUUCUCUGUCACCAUCGCCAUCUUCCUCCUCCUCUCCACCUCCCACUUCCCCGUAGCUCUAUCUCAAUCCCAAAAUGAUUGUAAACCUGUAUCCAACAAUACAUGUAUCGACAAAAACAAAGCAUUAGAUCUCAAACUUAUAGCAAUCUUCAGCAUCCUUAUCACUAGCCUUAUCGGCGUUUGCCUUCCCUUCUUCGCCCGGUCCGUUCCCGCUUUUCAGCCCGAGAAAUCUCACUUCCUCAUCGUCAAAUCAUUCGCCUCUGGAAUCAUCCUCUCCACUGGUUUUAUGCAUGUCUUGCCUGAUUCUUUUGAUAUGCUCUCGUCUCCUUGUCUUGGCGAUAACCCCUGGCACAAGUUUCCUUUCACUGGCUUCGUCGCUAUGAUCUCCGCCAUAUUCACACUCAUGGUUGACUCUAUCACCACUAGUGUUUUCACCAAGUCUGGCAGGAAGGACUUGCGCCCUGAGGUGACGUCAGCUGAGACUCCUGACCAAGAGAUAGGGCACGUGCAGGUUCACGCACCCCAUCAUAGCCACGGUCAUGGUCUUCAUCAUGACGUUCAUGGAGACAAUGAUAAGGAGCUUGGUUCUUCCUUACAGCUUCUGCGAUAUAGAGUUAUUGCCAUUGUACUGGAGCUAGGAAUAGUGGUGCACUCGAUAGUGAUAGGACUCUCUGUAGGAGCCACUAACAAUACUUGCACCAUCAAAGGCCUCGUCGCUGCUCUUUGUUUCCACCAAAUGUUCGAAGGCAUGGGUCUCGGUGGCUGCAUCCUCCAGGCAGAAUACGGGUGGGUGAAAAAAGGGGUGAUGGCUUUCUUUUUCGCGGUGACAACACCUUUUGGAGUGGCUCUAGGGAUGGCAUUAUCUAAAACGUACAAAGAGAAUAGCCCUGACUCGCUCAUUACCGUUGGACUUCUCAACGCUUCCUCGGCUGGACUACUCAUCUACAUGGCUCUAGUCGACCUUCUCGCUGCCGAUUUUAUGGGACAGAAGAUGCAACGGAGCAUCAAGCUUCAAUUAAAGUCUUAUGCCGCUGUUUUGCUUGGUGCCGGUGGCAUGGCCGUCAUGGCUAAGUGGGCUUGAUCUACAUCAUUAAUUAUGGACUCAUAGCAUAUAUAGUUAAUGUAACCAAAAUGAUCAUACUAUCCAAGUUAUGUGAUCAGUUGAUCAAAAAUUUGUUAAAUUAUGAUGGAUUAAAUAUUGACUG